CUAUCGGCCCUUAGCCUCUCACAACCUUAAAAAUACAAGUUAUACAACAUAUUCAUCGUUCAUUUCCCCUCUAUUGCUUUCGACUGGUGCCUGGUGCUAUUCCAUUUCUGUAGUGUUUGGAAGCUCUCCUCGUCGACCAUUUCUGUUUAUUUGUUUCUGUUCUUUAGCAUUAUAAUUGCAAAACAUUAUGGCUGCACCUGGGGAAGAUUUUGGUGAACAUAACAUGACUGGCAUGCCUGAGAACUCCCAUCCCAAGGAGAAACAAGGACAUGAAGAUGACAUAGGAGCUGCAGGGGGUGAAAAGCGGUGGCCUGGAUGGCCUGGGGAUAAUGUUUUCCGAAUGCUGGUUCCUGCACAGAAGGUUGGUGGUAUCAUAGGACGCAAGGGAGAGUUCAUUAAAAGAAUAUGUGAGGAGACAAGGGCUCGCAUCAAGAUUCUAGAUGGUCCUCCAAGGACUUCAGAGAGAGCUGUAAUGAUUUCGGCAAAGGAAGAGCCAGAUGCUUCAGUGCCUCCUGCAAUGGAUGCUCUGCUGAGAGUUCAUAAGCGCAUUGUUGAUGGUUUAGAUGGUGAUUUUUCUUGUCCUCCAAGUUCUGGUGGCACAAUUUCAUCAAGGCUACUAGUUGCAGCUUCACAAGCUGGAAGUUUGAUUGGAAGGCAGGGAGCAACCAUUAAAUCUGUUCAAGAAGAAUCAAAUUGUGUCAUUCGAGUUCUUGGACCAGAACAUCUACCAGUUGUUGCACUACAAGAUGACAGAGUGGUUGAGAUACAAGGGGAACCUGCUGGGGUGCACAAAGCCGUUGAGCUCAUUGCUUCUCAUCUCAGGAAGUUUUUAGUUGAUCACAGUGUAAUUCCAGUUUUUGAAAUACAUAUGCAAAUGCCAAAUCCCCAAAUGGAACAGAACAUGCCACCACAUCAGUCUUGGGGCCCCCCACCACAAGGGCUACCCCCAAAUGUUGGUGGUGGUCCUGGCUUUGGGACUAUUCCUCAACACAUGCCACCCCCACGGCAAUACGAUAAUUAUUAUCCAUCAGCUGACCUGCCACCUUUGGAAAAACAACCUCACCAGGCUCUCUCUGCAUAUGGAAGAGAGGCUCCUUUGGGAGUUCAUUCUUCAACUAAUGUGCAGCAUCCAUCACCAAUGAUCACUCAGGUCACACAGCACAUGCAAAUUCCACUAUCCUAUGCUGAUGCUGUAAUUGGGACUGCUGGUGCAAAUAUAAGCUAUAUCCGGCGUUCCAGUGGGGCAACCAUUACAAUACAGGAAACAAGGGGUGUGCCUGGGGAAAUGACUGUCGAGAUCAAUGGAACUGCUUCUCAAGUUCAGACAGCUCAACAGUUGAUACAGAAUUUCAUGGCCGAAGCUGCAGGCCCUACACAGAACUCAGUUGGUGGGUCUACUGACCAAGGCUAUAAUGCUUUUCCAACCUACGGUACCAUGUACGCAUCUCCCCCAUCCAAUAAUGCAGGGCAAACUGCUGGAGUCUAUGACUCAGCCUAUGGCACAAACUAUGGGUAUUAGGUAUGCAAAAAGACCUGAUCAUUACUGAGACAAUACUAAGCUUAGAUCGGACUUGCUUGGUCACAAGGACCAGAAAAUUGUAGGGAGGUAGUUGUACCAUCGAAAUGUUGCUCUGUGGCUGUCUGCUUUAGCAUUAGGAAAAGUUACCAUUUAGGUUUCAUUUGUACAAUAGGCGAACAUUGGUCAUACUUUUGGUCCAUUGUUCUUCUUUCACUCAUGUAGCUGCUCUCACAUUUUGGUUAUUCUGAGUAUCUAACCUUGAUUCUUGUGUAUUGAUUCCCUUUCGAGUGAUGCCAUUCCUUUUUUCUUGUCA